AUGUCAAAAGUAGCAAGCCAGCAGGUAGUCAUUGUCGGAAUCGACGCAAAUGCGAAGAUGGAACUCGAAGAGCAAUCGGAUGUGCUAGGAAAAUGGUAUUAUCCAGCAGAGCGCACGUCGAACAACGGUGACCGUCUGAGGAAUAAUCGACGCUAUCAGCUCACGUGGCAGGGAUCAACGCUUUUAACGCCUGAAGAGCAGCGCAAGCGGAAGAUGAGGACUCUUAAGCUUCAGCUCGACUACGUUCUGACGAGGAACAUCCCUCAGUCAGAUAUCCGAAAAUCUAGAGCUGUUUGGGACGUCGCGUUCCACUCUGACCACCGUCCAGUUCUUCUCAGCUUCGCGAUACGGUUCCCCAAGAGAAACCGAGUAGUUUCUCUUCAACCGAAAAUCGACAUGGCAGAUAUGAAACACAAAGAAUACAGAACGAAAUUCCGCCAACGUGUGUCUAUUCAUGUUGAAGUACGGACCAGGAAGAAGCUUGACGAUGCGGAUUCGAAGUGCAUCCAGGACGGUGCAAGGGAAACGCUUCCGGUUCUACUGUCGCGGAAGAAGUUUGCUUUUGCAUUUGCGGAAGCAAAAUCCACAUACAAUUCUGUAUGUGUCGCGCGUAGGACCGGUGACUUCAACAAGGAAAAGGGUCUUAGAAGGAAGCUGCGUCGUCAACCGCAACAACACCGCGAUAACGAAUGGACGUCAACAGCGAUGGAGUUUGAGAAGGCGUGGGAGGACAACAACCCGAGGAUAGCCUGCGCUUUACCAGAACACAACCCUUCCAACUUGGAGAGGACCUUCAAGACCUUGCUGAACCGGCAAGCACCGUCUGCUCCUAAACUCGAGUACGUCCAUAGGGCGACAUAUGCGGUUAACGAGAAGCCACCGACCGAGUCGGAAGUUCUAGUAUGCAUUCAAAAAAUGAACAAAAGAAAAUCUGGUGGAGACGACGGGAUUAGCGCAGAAAUGCUGAGAUAUCUAUCUCCGUCUGGGAUUCGUGAGAUCACCAAGAUCAUCCCUUCAAUGUGGAUAGGCGAAAGGAUACCUGAUUCGUGGAGGCACGCUAUCAUAAUUCCUCUUCACAAGACGUGGCGGACCCAAGGAAUUAUCGAGGAAUCUCUUUGCUGCGUGUUAUGUACAUGGUCUCACGGAUCUUCCUCACCAGAGGGAUCACAGCCGGUUAGUCGCCAGGGGGAUGGACUCCCUGUUUCUGCUGAGCCAGGACUGACUCAUGACAUCGUUGUAUCCCGCACGUCGGUCCAUCUAAAAGCCUGCGAUCAAGUGACUGGGAGGUGCAAGGGAGGCGUAAUAGAAAAGUCUCCUGAUUCCGGAGGAAAGUCCAGUACGGUAGUGCCAGGAAGGAAGGGGUUGCAAGAGUCAUAUAGGCUACCGAAACGGAAAAGAACUAGGAUGAAGAUCUGUACUCACAACGCACAUACGCUUGCAUCUAAAGCGGCCAUCGAAUAUCUGAUGAUGCAAGCCAAGAAGAUCAAGUGCGAGAUGAAGCGACGCCACCCACUGAACGCCGUACUGAAAAUGAAAAAUACUGAAAAAGAACUGUUCUUAGGAACACGCGACAGUAGAGGAAGUGGUGGAGUUGGCGUCCUUGUCAUCACGAGUAUGGCAAAGAACAUCGACUCUCUCCAACAACUUGCGACCGGAAUCGGACGUUCUGCUGUUGUACCAAAGUCCUAUACGGGAUCGGAUCAUCGUUUCCUCCGAGGAGGAUUUUCCUUCACAUGGAGAGAAGAGAAAGCCGCCAAGUUCAAAGAGAGAUAUCCCAGGACUACCAUCAACUGGGAUCUCUUCGCUACGCUAGCCGGCUUUUGGGAAGAUUCUGCAAUGGACAACAUCGACGAGGAAUAUGACCGGCUUGUCGAACACCUUCACGACUGCGCGAAGAAGGCUGAGAGUUUUAAAACCACCAGGAGGCGCCUGUCUCUUGAAACUCUUGAGCUGAUACGCCAGCGUGGAGCAGCACGAGCCGCAGGGAACCAAGAACUCACGUCCGUGCUCGCAAGGCUUUGCAGAGAGGCGAUAAAGGAAAACCUUAAAGAGAGAAGAGCAGAAGUACUGGCUGAAGCUGCAGAGGCGGGGAAAAGCAUCCCCUAUGCCCAUCGAGACUUCGCGAGUGGCAAGAUGAGGAUGACUGCUCUCCGGAACCCGAAGGAAACAAGCGAGAAGAGGGAUGGAGAAAACCAUCUACGACUUCUACUCUGA